CGCGACUCCAUCGAAGUCGCAUCUAAAUUACGUAAAUGUAAAGCGUCUGAGCUGUCAUUCUUUUGUGUUUAAUUCUCAACUAGCUACGACGUUUUAGAAAUGCAUUUUUCUUCGUUCCGUUAGCUAAUUGGAUAAAAUGUAUGUAGUGAUUCUAUGAAUAUGGACUGGCGGGAAUAGCCUUAAUGUCGAUUGACUGUGUGUACAUGAAAAAAUGAACAAAGGGUGGCUGGAACUCGAGAGUGACCCGGGGCUGUUCACGCUCUUGGUGGAGGAUUUUGGUGUGAAGGGGGUCCAGGUAGAGGAGAUAUACGACCUACAAAGCAAGUGUCCAAGCCCCGUGUAUGGCUUCAUCUUCCUGUUCAAGUGGAUCGAGGAGCGAAGGUCUAGGAGGAAAGUCUCCACCUUGGUGGAUGAGACCUCUGUCAUCGAUGAUGACAUUGUUAAUGACAUGUUCUUUGCCCACCAGCUGAUCCCCAACUCCUGUGCCACCCAUGCACUUCUGAGCGUGCUCCUGAACUGUAGAGGGGUUGAGUUGGGCACUACCCUUAGUCGCAUGAAGACCUUCACUAAAGGCUUUGGCCCAGAGAGUAAAGGCUACGCCAUUGGAAAUGCCCCAGAGCUGGCUAAAGCACACAACAGCCAUGCCAGACCGGAGCCCAGGCACCUGCCGGAGAAGCAGAACGGGAUUAGCGCUGUGCGGACCAUGGAAGCAUUCCACUUUGUCAGCUACGUUCCCAUCAAAGACCGCUUGUUUGAGCUAGACGGCCUCAAGGCGUACCCCAUUGACCACGGGCCAUGGGGAGAGGAGGAGGAGUGGACGGAUAAGGCACGGCGGGUCAUUAUGGAGAGGAUUGGCUUGGCCACGGCUGGAGAGCCCUACCAUGAUAUCCGCUUUAACCUGAUGGCAGUGGUUCCAGACCGCAGGGUGAAGUAUGAGUCCAAACUGGAGAUCCUGAAGAGGAACAGACAGAUGGUACUGGAGGGGCUACAGCAGCUGAUCCGGGUCACCCAGCCAGAGCUUGUACAGGACAGGAAGCAGCCAGACUCCUCCCCCUCAGAGGACACGCCCCCUGCUAUCAAGAAAGAAGAGGCGGACCCUCAACCUGUUACAUCACAGGGUGCUGAGCAGACUCCUCCCACAGCAGCCCAGUCCCAAUUGGCCCCGAGCCCCUCAGGCAAGGGGAAAGCCAUGGGGAAACCAGCCGCCCCAUUGGGGGGAGCGGGAACCUCCCAGCCUGUCACCAGCCCCAACCCCAUUGUCCCUCGCCUGCCCGCCUUCUUGGACAACCACAACUACGCCAAGUCCCCCAUGCAGGAGGAGGAGGACCUUGCGACAGGGGUGACAGGGGUGGGUCGUCCCCGGGUGCCCGGCGCGCCCCAGCCCCCCUACUCUGAUGACGAUGACUAUGAGGAUGAAGAGGAGGAAGAGACUGGCACACCCACCAGGUUCAGGCGUAAAGGGGUGCUACGUUCCCGUACAGGCCGUGUCGGGGGUGGCGGCAGUGGCGUGGAGACCAAGCUGGCGCACGGUGUCCUGGCUGAGAAACUCAAGAAGGAAGUCCAGAGGAAGGACUCUCUGGCCACGCCCCUCUCCGUCCGUACCGAGGGCCGCACGGGGGGCAUCGUGAUCACGGCCGCCUCCCAGCCCUCGCCCACACCCAGCAACGAGAGCACCGACACCGCCUCAGAGAUCGGCAGCGCCUUCAACUCGCCACUGCGCUCCCCGGCCCGCUCCCAGGCGGCCACACGGCCCUCCAGCCCCGUGGCGUCCCACCUGUCCCGGGUAUUGUUCGGGGAGGAUGAGGGUCUGCUGAGGCUGGAUGCCAGGCACAACCGGGCCGUCAGAGAGCUGGGGCCCUCCGUCAGCACCGCCCUGCUGCACCUACAGGAGGAUGGGGUUAUAUAUACUGUACCGCCACCCGCUGAUACACCUCUUGAAGAGAAGAAGGCCGGCGCUCCAGAGAAGGUAAAAGAGCAGGGGAGAAAUCCAGCAGGAAAGGGGGAAGGAGUGAAGGAGGAGGGGAAGGAGGGACCAUUGGUGGAGGUGAAAGAGGACGAGAUCAAAGACGCAACAGAGGUCAAACCCAGCAAGGAAAAGGUCAUCUCCACGGAAACCGUUGGAAGCAGCAAGCCUUCUGUGGAGAAAUACUCUCCUAAAGAGCUGCUUGCUCUGCUCAAGUGUGUGGAGGCUGACAUCGCCAACUAUGAAGUGUUUCUUAAAGAGGAGGUGGAGAAGAGGAAAAAAUACAAGAUUGAUGACCAGAGGAGGACCCAUAAUUAUGACGAGUUCAUCUGCACCUUUAUAUCCAUGCUGGCACAAGAAGGCAUGUUGGCCAGUUUGGUCGAGCAGAAUAUAUCUGUGCGUCGUCGCCAGGGAGUGAGCAUCGGACGUCUACACAAACAGAGGAAACCAGACCGCAGGAAACGCUCGCGACCCUACAAGGCCAAGCGCCAGUGACCCCAGGAAGUGCUCGCUUGGAGUCACUGUGCACCAAUCACAGCAGAGAAAAGGCAAAAACCCUUGUUGCACUCAUGAGACUGUCCUGUGACUUCAGGGAGAAAAGGACUUAUUCAUAUUGUUGUAUUUUAAUGUCCGUUUUUUACUUCAUCCAAUGGACCAUCUGUUGAUUAGUUGAACCAAAUUAUGUAUGCUUUCCUGUAAGAGGAAGAGUAAUAAAUAAAUAGAAAACUGAUAUGUACUGUAUGUAUGUUAGAUUGCAUCCCAAAUGGCACCUUAUUCCCUAUAUA